GCGAGCAUUCUUUUUUUUUGAAGGGAAGGAGGCGAGCAUUCUUCGAGAGUGAGCAAGAGAUUAGUCACGACUUAUAACCAGAUUCUCCACAGGUAGGAAUAGGAUGAUGAUGAACGCGCAACACUACUCUCCAUCUGCCGGCGCCGUCGUCGCUUGGCAUCGUCGUCCGGCUCCAUCACCCGCCAUCUCGCGCUGCGCUCGCAUUAUCCGGCCGUCUCCACUCGCUCUGUCGUCGGCCGCGGCGACCACGGGCACGCGCACCGCCCCGGCCACGACGCCCGAUCCCGAGGCGCCGCCGCUCCAGCGGCUCCUCCGCAGCGGGGUGCGGGCGGAGUCGCUGCCGCGGCACGUCGGGCUGGUGAUCGACGGGCACGCGCGAUGGGCGCGCGCCCGGGGGCUGUCGGUGUCGGAGGGCCACGCGGUGGGGCGGCGCACGGUGGAGCGCACGGUGCGGCUGUCGCGAGCGUGGGGCAUCCGCGCCCUCACCGUCUUCGCCUGCUCCCACGAGAACAUGACCCGCCCCAAGGAGGAGAUCGACUUCUUCAUGAAGCUGUACAAGGGGUUCAUCCGUGACAACGUCGACGAGUUCUGCAGGGAGGGAAUCCGGCUGCACCUCAUCGGCGACUCGCCGGGGCGGCCAGCGUCGCUGCUGCGCGCGGCGAGGGAAGCCCACGAGGCCACGCGGGGCAACUCGGAGAUGGUCCUGAUGCUGGCGAUCGGCUACAGCGGGCGGCGGGACAUCCUGCGGGCGUGCCGAGAGCUCGCCGCGGAGGUGCAGCGCGACCUGCUGAGGCCCGAGGACAUCGACGAGGCGCUCAUCGCCGGGAAGCUGGGGACCAGCGUCGCCGCCGGCGGCGAGCUCUCCUGCCCCGACCCCGACCUCGUCAUCAGGACCAGCGGCGAGCUGAGGCUGAGCAACUUCCUGCUGUGGCAGUCCGCGUUCUCGGAGCUCUUCUUCUCUGACGUCAUGUGGCCGGAUUUUGGAGAGGACGAGUACCUCCGGGCGUUGCGUUCCUACCAGACCAGACGACGGCGCUUCGGUCAACGAAUUCCGUGUCCCUAAACAAUAAGCGCCUGUAAUUUGGAAGUCCGGUUUUGGACUCGAAAUCAUCGUAAAUUACAGGCCCAUAAAUUUUUACAACUCGAUCUAGAAAAAUACUAUUUGGAUGAGUGAUGAGCCCACUUAUUUUACUGUUGUAUUAGGCCAAAACCGGUGUAUUUAAA